GCGGCGGGGCUGAGACGCGACCAGGACGCGGGGAGGACGGACCAGCAGGACAGACCGACCGGGGGCCCGGCGGGCGGAGGGCAGCGCAGCGCAGCCACGUCCCCCCCUGGAUCCGCCGGCAGCCGGGCCCGGGGCUUCCGACAUGCCCCCCAGGAGAGUGUGCUGGGCAGACGAUGCUGGACACGAUGGAGGCGCCCGGCCACUCCAGGCAGCUGCUGCUGCAGCUCAACAACCAGCGCACCAAGGGCUUCUUGUGCGACGUGAUCAUCGUGGUGCAGAACGCCCUCUUCCGCGCGCACAAGAACGUGCUGGCGGCCAGCAGCGCCUACCUCAAGUCCCUGGUGGUGCACGACAACCUGCUCAACCUGGACCAUGACAUGGUGAGCCCGGCCGUGUUCCGCCUGGUGCUGGACUUCAUCUACACCGGCCGCCUGGCGGAUGGCGCGGAGGCUGCGGCGGCGGCCGCCGUGGCCCCGGGGGCCGAGCCGAGCCUGGGCGCCGUGCUGGCCGCCGCCAGCUACCUGCAGAUCCCCGACCUCGUGGCGCUGUGCAAGAAACGCCUCAAGCGCCACGGCAAGUACUGCCACCUGCGGGGCGGCGGCGGCGGUGGCGGCGGCUACGCACCCUACGGGAGGCCAGGCCGGGGCCUUCGGGCCGCCACGCCCGUCAUCCAGGCCUGCUACUCCUCCCCGGCCGGGCCUCCGCCGCCGCCCACCGCCGAGCCGCCGUCGGGCCCCGAGGCCGCUGUGAACACGCACUGCGCCGAGCUGUACGCCUCGGGCCCCGGCCCAGCCGCCUCGCUCUGCGCCCCGGAGCGCCGCUGCUCCCCGCUCUGCGGCCUGGACCUGUCAAAGAAAAGCCCGCCGGGCUCCGCGCCUCCCGAGCGACCGCCGGGGGAGCGAGAGCUGCCCCCGCGCCCAGACAGUCCUCCCAGCGCCGGCCCCGCCGCCUACAAGGAGCCACCGCUCACCCUGCCACCGCUGCCGCCGCUGCCCUUCCAGAAGCUGGAGGAGGCCGGACCGCCUCCGGAUCCGUUCCGAGGUGGCGGCGGCAGCCCGGGAUCCGAGCCCCCCGGCCGCCCCGACGGGCCCAGCCUCCUCUAUCGCUGGAUGAAGCACGAGCCAGGCCUGGGCAGCUACGGCGACGAGCUGGGCCGCGAGCGCGGCUCCCCCAGCGAACGCUGCGAGGAGCGCGGCGGGGACCCGGCCGCCUCGCCCGGGGGCCCUCCGCUUGGCCUGGCGCCGCCGCCGCGCUACGCGGGCAGCUUGGACGGGCCUGGCGCGGGCGGCGACGGCGACGACUACAAGAGCAGCAGCGAGGAGACGGGCAGCAGCGAGGACCCCAGCCCGCCCGGCGGCCACCUCGAGGGCUACCCGUGCCCGCACCUGGCCUACGGCGAGCCCGAGAGCUUCGGCGACAACCUGUACGUGUGCAUCCCGUGCGGAAAGGGCUUCCCCAGCUCGGAGCAGCUGAACGCGCACGUGGAGGCGCACGUGGAGGAGGAGGAGGCGCUGUACGGCCGGGCCGAGGCGGCAGAGGUGGCCGCAGGGGCCGCCGGCCUCGGGCCCCCUUUUGGAGGCGGUGGGGACAAGGUGGCCGGGGCCCCAGGGGGCCUGGGCGAGCUGCUGCGGCCGUACCGCUGCGCGUCGUGCGACAAGAGCUACAAGGACCCGGCCACGCUGCGGCAGCACGAGAAGACGCACUGGCUGACGCGGCCCUACCCCUGCACCAUCUGCGGGAAGAAGUUCACGCAGCGCGGGACCAUGACGCGUCACAUGCGCAGCCACCUGGGCCUCAAGCCCUUCGCGUGCGACGCGUGCGGCAUGCGCUUCACACGCCAGUACCGCCUCACAGAGCACAUGCGCAUCCACUCGGGCGAGAAGCCCUACGAGUGCCAGGUGUGCGGGGGCAAGUUCGCCCAGCAGCGCAACCUCAUCAGUCACAUGAAGAUGCACGCUGUGGGCGGCGCGGCCGGCGCGGCCGGGGCGCUGGCGGGGCUGGGGGGGCUCCCCGGCGUCCCGGGCCCCGACGGCAAGGGCAAGCUCGAUUUCCCCGAGGGCGUCUUUGCAGUGGCGCGCCUCACGGCAGAACAGCUCAGCCUGAAGCAGCAGGACAAGGCGGCUGCGGCCGAGCUGCUGGCUCAGACCACGCACUUCCUGCACGACCCCAAGGUGGCGCUCGAGAGCCUCUACCCGCUGGCCAAGUUCACCGCGGAGCUGGGCCUCAGCCCCGACAAGGCGGCCGAGGUGCUGAGCCAGGGCGCACACCUGGCCGCCGGCCCCGACGGCCGGACCAUCGACCGUUUCUCUCCCACCUAGUGCGCCUCUGGCCUCCCUGUGGCCCCGGGCGCGCCCUCCGGCGGCGCCGGCGGCCACCAGCAGGCGGGUGCCCCCCACCUCCCCGUGCCCGGACGACCUUAGCAGCCGCGGCAGCGUCGCCACAGGGUCGGCGGCCUCACCUGGCCUCACUGCUUU